AAAUUAUUGAACCUAUGAAAUGGUAAAGAAAUUUGCAUUCAACUGCGAGAUCUCGGAUUUGAACUCGGGACAUGAUAUUCAGUCUAACAAUUUCGGUAUUUGCAUGUUGAGUAUAGGCUUUACGGAUCAAUAAUUGAACCUUUAAAUAUUUCCUAGCUAGCUGUUAAAAUAACAACCCUUUAAAUAAUGCUUUGAACCAUUAUACAGUAGCAAGAAACCAAAAAAGAAAAAGGAUAACAGCUGUUAUAGUCUCUACUGCUUAUGUUUUCUGCAGAACUUGAAUUGCAGUGAUCAUUACCUUAUUCUCUUGAUGCUAGAUACUGCAGAUAGAAGAAAGGGGAAGAUUGUUCAUACAACUUGAGCUGGUAUGCACUGGAAGUACUCAAAAUCAGAUUGGAGAAAUAGAGAAAAUUGUUCACAAGACUUGAGCAUGUGCUGAAAGUGGUUAUUUGUAAAUCUGUUGGAAAACAAGAUGGUGAGUUGCUUGACUGAUUUGGCGAAGACAUAUGUGGAGAAAUUGAUAAAUGGGGUAAUAGCAGAAUCACGUCAUGUAUUUUGCUUCACGUGCAUUGCUAAGGAAUUCGAAGAAGAAAAAUCUAGGUUGGAAGUAGAAAGAAAAACUUUGGAGCAACGUGCUAAAGUGGCAACAGGAAGAGAUGAAGACAUUCGAGCCAAUGUUCGUUUCUGGGAAGAGGAAGUUGAAAAGCUCAUUCAAAAGGACAUCAAAACAAAACAAACAUGUUUUUUUGGAUUCUGUCCUGAUUGCAUAUGGCGAUAUAAAAGGGGAAAACAGUUGGCAAAUAAGAUGGAGGAGAUUAAACGAUUAACAGAAAAGGGACAGAAACUUGAAAAUAUUGAACUCCCUCGCCGUCUUCCAGAUGUUGAACGUUAUUCAUCCGAAGAUUACAUUCGUUUUGAAGGCAGAGAGUCAAAAUACAAAGAGCUGUUUGAUGCACUAAAAGAUGACAAGAACUAUAUAACCGGAUUGCAAGGGAUGGGGGGAACCGGAAAAACUACAUUGGCCAAAGAAUUAGGUAAAGAACUAAAGAAAUCUGAACAAUUCGCUCAUGUCAUUGAUACAACAGUGUCAUUUACUCCUGAUAUAAAAAAGAUUCAAGAUGAUAUUGCUGGACCUUUAGGAUUGAAAUUGGAGAACUGUAAUGACUCAGAUCGACCCAAAAAACUCUGGAGCAGAUUAACAAAUGGUGAGAAAAUUCUUAUAAUAAUGGAUGAUGUGUGGGAUCGAGACCCCCCUCUUGAUUUUGAUGUAAUAGGAAUUCCAAAACGAGACAAUCACAAAGGUUGCAAAGUUCUUAUAACCACACGCAGUAAACGAAUAUUAAAUAAAAUGAGUUGUGAUAAGAAAGUUGAAUUGGAGAUUUUAUCUGACGAAGACGCAUGGAUCAUGUUCAAAAGGUAUGUCGGUAUAAACAAUAUUUCUUCAAAAAAUUUGAUCAGUAAGGGACAUAAAAUUACUAAGGAAUGCAAAGGAUUACCAGUUGCAAUUGCAGUCAUUGCCAGCAGUUUAAAUGGCCAACAACUUCGCAAGCAUGAGUGGGAUGCGACCUUGAAAUCCUUGAAGAAGCCUGUGACCAUGCAUGGUGUUGAUGAAGAUAUGGCUGGAAUUUAUAAAUGUUUGAAGUUUAGCUAUGAUUAUAUGAAGGAUGAAAAGGCCAAGCGAUUGUUCCUCUUAUCCUCUAUAUUCCCAGAAGAUAAAGAAAUUUCUGUUGAAAUUCUAACUAGACUUGGCAUUGGAACAGGCCUUUUUGGGGAAGAUUAUGGCUGCUACGAUGAUACUCGAAACCAAGUAGUUGUUGCCAAAAAUAAACUCAUAGAUUCUUGUUUGUUGUUGGAUGUCGGUGAAAGACAUGUAAAAAUGCAUGAUUUAGUUCGUGAUGCGGCUCAAUGGAUAGCGAACAAAGAGAUUCGGGGUGUAAAUUUAUCUAUCAAAGAUCAAAAGUUAUUGGUUCAAAAAGAAAUAAAUAUUAAAUAUUUAUUAUGUGAAGGGAAGGACAUGGAUUUGUUUUCUUGUAAAUUUGAGUGUUCCAAACUUGAGACUCUAGUUGCUGACAUAGAUAGAGAUGAAAGCCAGAAAUGUAUGGAAGUCCCUAAUUCUUUCUUUAAAAAUAUUGUCAAUCUUCGAGUUUUAUACUUUACAGGUAAUGAAGAACAGCCUCUAUCAUUACCACAAUCAAUUCAGUCAUUGACGAAUAUUCGAUCUCUGUUGGUUGAUAAAGUGGAUUUAGGUGACAUUUCUAUUUUGGGAAAGCUGCAAAGUCUUGAGACUCUUGAUUUGGUGUCCUGCGCAAUCAAUGAAUUGCCAUUCGAAAUUACAAAAUUGGGGAAAUUUAAAUUGUUGAACUUGGAUAAUUGUGAAAUUCGAAGGAAUAAUCCAUUUGAAGUCAUUGAAAAAUGCUCAUCCCUGGAAGAGUUGUAUUUCAUAAAGAGUUUUAACGGUUUUUGUCGAGAAAUAACCAUACCCGAGUUGCAAAGGUAUCGUAUUUGUAACUACUGGUAUAUAAUGAAUUAUUCACAAUCAAAAUAUGUGAAUUUUUGUGCUAGUGAUGAUGCAUCUGUUUUUUCAGAAGCAACGUUCAAGUAUUUCAUGCGAACAACAGAGUUUCUUCGACUAAUAGGAAUUAAGAGGGGAUGGAGAAAUCUCAUGCCUGAAAUUGUUCCUAUAGGUCAAGGUAUGGAUGAUCUUGUUGAGCUUCGCUUGAGUUGUAUUUCACAGUUACAGUGUCUCAUAGACUCUAUUGGUUCUCAAGUACCAAGUCUUUUGUCCAAGUUGGUUGUACUAGAACUGGAUAAUAUGGAAAAUUUAGAAGAACUAUUCAAUGGUUCCUUAUCCUUUGACUCUUUGAAGAAUUUAGAGAUGUUAUCGAUGAAGCAGUGUAAAAAAUUUAAAAGAUUGUUUAAUUGCAAGCUAAAUCUCUGCAAUCUGAAGACCUUGAUACUGGAGAAAUGCCCAAUGUUGGUUUCCCUAUUUCCAUUGAUGUCUCGGAAUCUGGUGCAGCUAGAGAAAUUGGAAAUAGCUGAUUGUGAGGAACUGAAAAACAUAAUAGAUAUAAAAAGAGAGGAGGAAUCAAUAGAAGAAAUAGACGAUGGUGAUAAUAAUAACAAGAAACAUGGCUCGAUUUUUCCAAAACUAAAAGUUCUUGAUAUUGAGGGAUGUCACCGAUUAGAAUCGAUACUUCCCUUCCUCUCUUCUCAAGAUUUUCCAGUACUAGAAGCUAUCUUAGUAAGAAAAUGUGAUGCGCUGAAAUACAUAUUUAGCCAAUACCAACAUGUUGAACUCAAGUCACUAAAAAAAAUGCUGCUCUGUCAAUUACCAAAUUUCAUACACAUUUUUCCUAAAUGCUAUGCUUCCAUGUCUUCGUCUGUGAAUGAGUCAUAUUCCACUCCCAGAGAUGGUUUCAAGGAACAAAUAGAAUUGGACCCUAUCAAAUGCAAUAUCUUCUCUUGGACUUAUAUAUGUUGUCAUGGUGAUAAAUUUGGGAGUUCGUCAACAACUAGAAUUCCAUUGGUUUCUAGGGAUCAACCACAGGACUACUCAAUCGCAUCGGUAUCAAAUUCACACGAUCUUCAAAUAUGGGAACGUGUUCAAUGUCUUCAAGUACAACCACAUAUCAUGUGCAAUAUUAAAGAGAUUGUGCUGUCUCAUUUUCUGAAGAUGAAAUCGGUGUUUAUCCUGUCUGUUGCUCCAAGAAUGUUGGAAACUUUGAAAAUUAUGAACUGUGAUGAAUUGAAGCACAUAGUUAUAGACACCGGAGAUCAUGAUAGUAGUGGCAAUAAUUGGGGCAAUGUCUUCCCUACAUUGAAAAGGCUCUACGUUGGUAACUGCAUGCAAUUGGAAUACAUAUUUGGACCCUACACUAAUGACCAUCAAAACCACACUGAGAUUCACCUUCAUCUUCCGGCAUUGCAAUAUCUCAAUCUUUGCAAUCUGCCAAGUUUAGUCGCUAUGUGUCCCAAACAAUAUCGCCCAACAUUUCCAUCUUUGAAAGAACUUGAACUAAAAAAGUGCUCCCAAGUUGAUAUCAAAUCUAUUGGUGAUUUCAUUAUUCAUUCGGUUUCAAAAUCUCAAGACAGUACAAUCAUGAAGGAAUUGAGCGUGAAACAUUUUAUUGCUUUGGAAAGUCUCGUGGUAGAUAACUCCAAAGCAAAAAAUAUAUUUUGUUUCGAUGAAAUGGAUGGACAACCAAUGAACUUAGGGUUGCAAAUUGAGUUAUCUGAUAUGCACGAUAUGAAGUACCUUUUUGGGGGACCCAAAAAUUCUUUUGCCCUAAAAAACCUUACAAAGAUAAUAAUCAUGCGAUGUGAAAUAUUGGUAGUUUUCUCCACUUCUAUUUUAAGAUGCCUAUCAAAAUUGGUUGAUCUAAGAAUAGAAGAAUGCAAGGAGUUGAAACAUAUCAUUGAAGAUGACUUGCAGAACCAAAACAUGUUGAAUUCCUUCCCAAAGCUAAAAGUACUUGUUGUAGUAAAGUGUUGCAAGUUGAAAUAUGUCUUUCCGGUCUCCAUAUGUAAAGAGUUUCUUGAGCUAGAGGUGCUAAUUAUAAGAGAAGCAAAUGAAUUGGAAGAAAUAUUCAAAAGUGAAGGUGAUCAAAAAGUCAAGAUUCCAAAACUAAAUUUUGUAGUAUUUGACAAACUACCAAGCCUCUUCUUCACCCAAGGAAUUCAAUUUCAAACAGCAAAAAAUCGUUUUAUACAAAAUUGUCAAAAACUCUCUUUGGCUUCAGCAUGUGCUCCCUACGACAUGGAUGAAGUUUAUUACUUUUUCAUAGUCAACAAAGAUGAUGAAACAUUUGAAGUCUGUCAGAGUCUAUUUCGACAAUUACUAGCAGAGUCCAAUGGUCGCGAUAGUGGUAAUGAAAAUCCAAGUGCAGAAACCACUAAAGAUUUUGUUGCUGUUGGUAUUGAAGUUGAAGCAGCAUUACAGUUUUCUUCUUCACAGAUACAAAUGAAACAAACACCAGAAGUAGAGCAUGAAUUUGUUGAAAAUGAUCCUGAUUUAGAGAUACCACCAGUAGCAAUAUUACCAACAAAUUCAAUAGAGUUGGUGAAUGAACAAUCAACGAGUCAACAAUGUUUGAUGAACCAACAACAUCCACUUGGAGAAUUUGAUACUACAGUCAAACCUUCUCGGGAAAAUAAUUGUGUUGAAGAAGGGACUGCAUUAACAAAUGUCAACACAAUAACACUCUCAACUCAUUUAGAAUUAGCCAGUUCAUCAAAGGAACAAGAUGUUGAUGUUAAAGACUCUUUGGGAACUACCAAGACUAAUGAUGAUCAAGUUUCUCUGAAUGAUGAUGUUGUCGUGAAAGUAACCUCAACUAUUGAGGAGCAGUUUCCUAAGGAUGAUGAAUUUAGAGUUUCAAAAUCUAAGCCCUCUCCAAGCAAUAGCAUUCCUUUGCCUCUUGCAUUUCAGACUCCUUCCAUGCCUUCUAAAGGGAACCCUUCUCAAAUAGUGAAAUAUUUAAGUUCUCCUUCUCUUGUCACAUGGGAGCUUGAGGAACUGGUCUCCAAGAAGCAUUUGGAUUACAAGAACUUGUCUUUGUUGACUGACUUUCUUGUAAAGUAUCCUUCAGUUCUUUUAAGGGACACUUCACUUAGUAACCGAUACAAGGGUUAUGCAUACAACUGCCUAGCUGAGCUAUUGAAAUUCCUCCAAACCAAUAGUGUGUUGGAUGUGUUAGGUUCAAGCCAAGAUGAAUUUGUUGAGUUAUUACAAGAUGUGCGCAAAUGUGCUUUUGAUAAGGAUUGGUUGGAUGGUGUCGAAAAACGCGCUUUGUUUCCUGAUUUGCAAUUUUCUCAAGAUGUAUUCCAAAAUUUAUUGGAUUCCAAGAAACAGGUUACCAAGGAUGUUGAAGUGAUGCGUUUGAAGAUUGACAUUUUAGCUCAACAAAUGGAAGAUUUUAACCAUCAAUUGACCUCAUCUGAAGCUGUUUUAGAGAGUAUCAUUCAACAGGAGGCACAAAUUUUAGAAACUAAGGAAAUAUUGAUUGCUUUUACCGGAUUGAGUGGAUCAAUCGUGCUUGGUAAUGUGUGGCCUCUAAAGCUCAUAUAACCUUUCAUGAUAUUUGAUGUGUGGUGUGAAACUAGUUAGAAUUAGUCAUAGUGAACUCUUCAGAACUUGCUUACCUAUUUUCAUGAAAUUUGUAGCUUUUAAGAUAAGAUUUGUGUGUGUAUAUAUUAAAAGUAUUUAUUGUGUUUAAAUGUUAUUAGCUUGUUAAGAUCCUAAAUUUCUUUGA